AUGUUUACUUUCACUCUCAUGUUAACCCAGUUUCAAGCUCAUGAAUUUACAUUUUCUGACCUACUUAUCCUCAUCAUGUCUCUCUUUAUUUCUAGUUGCUUACUUCAAAAAAUGAAGAACAAGGACUGUCCCAUGAUAUGGCCAGUUAUGGGAAUCAUACCCACAUGGGUAUUCCACAUCAACGAUGGAUAUCAUUGGCUCACCAAAUCUCUAAUCACAGCCGGUGGAUCAUUCCGUUAUCAAGGGAUGUGGAUGGGCCGCUUACAUGGUAUCAUCACCGCCGAUCCCUCCUCCGUUGAGUACAUUUUGAAGACUAACUUCAAAAACUUUCCUAAAGGGAAGUAUUAUCGAGAAAGGUUCUUUGAUCUUCUAGGAGAUGGUAUUUUCAACGCCGAUGGUGCCACGUGGAAGGAACAGAGAAGAGCAGCUACGGCCGAGAUGCACACGUCUAGCUUUUCGGAGUAUUCUUUCAGAUCGAUGCAAGAUCUUGUUGCACGGAAACUUCUAGAAGUUUUGAAAGAAGCGGUUGGACGGCCGGUUGAUUUGCAAGAGAUUCUUCUUAGGUUUACUUUUGAUAAUAUAUGUGUGGCGGCUCUUGGAGUUGAUCCGGGGUGUUUGGCGGUUGAGAUGCCGGAGGUUUCGUUUGCUAAGGCUUUUGAGGAGGCGACGGAGCUUACUAUGAUGAGGUUCAUGACGCCGCCGUUUGUUUGGAAGACUAUGAAAGCUUUGAAAUUAGGGUUUGAGAAGAGGCUCGAGUUAGCGGUCAAGAUUGUUCAUGAGUUUGCGGAUAAUAUUGUUGCUGAGAGGAAGGUCGCGUUAUGUCGUGAAGAUAAACGCGAUCUUCUUACUCGCCUCGUGAAAAACGAGUACCUUGACGAACAAGGCAAGAAAGUGCAUUUCACGAAUAAGAUUUUGAGAGACUUUUGUGUGAGUUUUAUAUUGGCUGGACGAGACACGAGCUCUGUCGGUCUAGCUUGGUUCUUUUGGUUGGUUCACCUUAACCCUAAGGUGGAACAUGCUAUUUUGGAGGAGUUGAAGGAAGUUAUGUCCAACCAGACAUAUGAUAGUCAUGAUGUUGUUUUCACUUCGGAUGAAUUAGUGAAGAAGAUGAUGUACUUACAUGCCGCGAUAUCGGAGUCUUUAAGGCUAUUUCCGCCGGUGGCGGUGGAUUUGAAAGAGGUAAUAGAAGAUGAUGUUUUGCCAAAUGGGACUAGACUCGAUAAGGGGUCACGUGUUAUUUACUCGAUUUUUUCGAUGGCGCGAAGGGAGUCUAUAUGGGGAGAAGAUUGCUUGGAGUUCAAACCGGAAAGGUGGUUGAAAGAUGGGAAGUUUGUGAACGUGAAUUCGUUCAAAUACCCGGUUUUCAACGCCGGGCCGAGGCUUUGCGUGGGGAAGAAGUUUGCCUUCUUGCAAAUGAAAAUGGUGGCGGCCGCGAUUUUGUCGAGGUAUCGGGUGAAGGUGGUCGAAGGUCAUGCCGUGGUUCCAAAAAUCACAACCACUCUUUACAUGAAACAUGGUUUGAUGGUGAUUUUGGAGCCUAGGCCAAAAGGUUAA